AUGAAGUUCGACGUUCUCAACAUAGGACGAAUUAUCGUCUAUAUCACCAUCGUCUUCAGCGUCCUUGACCGCUACGUUCUCCCCAAGUUCCAUAUUUUCGAUCCUAAACGACUACAGGAGAUAUGCAAGGAGUCAAUUGAGCUAUACGGCGACGAAAGCCCCAAUUACGACCGUAAGCUGUUGUUCAAUGACCUUGCCGCGAGAUUGCAGAAGGAGUAUCCAAAGUAUGUGACAGAGCUCAAGUGGGACGAGUGGGUGUUCAACAAUGCUGGAAAUGCCAUGGGAGGAAUGGUUCUUCUCCAUGCUUCCGUCUCCGAAUACCUUAUCAUCUUUGGCACCCCUGUUGGCACUGAAGGUCACACCGGUAUCCACAUGGCCCAUGACUACUUCACCAUCUUGAGCGGCCAACAGACCUUCUACUAUGCCGGUGAUGUCGAGAAAAGGGUCUUCAACCCAGGUGACCAAAACCACAUGGUUCGAGGUGACAAGGCGCAGUAUGCUCUUAACGGUUUUGCAUUGGAGCUUGCUCAAGGAUGUAUCCCAUGCAUGCUUCCCUUCGGAUUCUUAGAAGCUGUCACGUCGACAAUGGAUUACCAGUCAUUUGCACGUACUGUCUUGAUCACAGCUAGACAUAUGGGGUUGAACUUGCUCCAAGGAAAGCUCUAA